GGGACUUACCCUACUUCCCGGCGUUAGUCGGGUCGCUGCUCGAGGAGGAUGGAGGUGUCUGGGGACACCCGGGCUACCGAACCUGGCGAAAUCCGGGCUCUGAAGCCCUGUCUGCUGCGCGGCAACCAUAGCCGCGAACAGCACGGAGUGGCGGCCUCCUGCCUCGAGGAGCUGAGGAACAAGGCCUGUGACAUUCUGGCUAUUGAUAAGUCUCUGGCACCAGUUACCCUCGUCCUGGCAGAGGAUGGCACCAUAGUGGAUGAUGACGAUUACUUCCUGUGUCUGCCUUCCAAUACUAAGUUUGUGGCACUGGCUGGUGAUGAGAAGUGGGCAUACAACAAUUCAGAUGGCGGUACAGCCUGGCUUUCCCAGGAAUCCUUUGAUGUAGAUGAAACAGACCGCGGGGCAGGGCUGAAGUGGAAGAAUGUGGCCAGGCAGCUGAAGAAAGAUCUAUCUAACAUCAUCCUGCUGUCAGAGGAGGACCUCCAGCUGCUCAUCGAUGUUCCGUGCUCAGAGCUGGCUCAGGAAUUAGGCCAAAGUUGCGUCACCAUCCAGGGGCUCCAGAACACCCUCCAGCAGGUCCUUGACCAGAGAGAGGAAGCCCGACAGUCCAAACAACUCCUGGAGCUCUAUCUGCAGGCUUUGGAGAAGGAGGGCAGCAUCUUGUCAAAGCAGACAGAAUCCAAAGCCGGGUUCAAUGAAGAGAUGGAUGUGGUUGACACGAGUAUUAGCAGAGAGAUGUCCUCUGAAACUGCACUUACAAGCCAGAUCCUUACUACACUGAAGGAGAAGCCGGCCCCAGAGCUGAGUUUAUCAAGUCAGGAUUUGGAGUUGGUUACCAAGGAAGACCCCAAAGCACUGGCUUUUGCUUUGAACUGGGACAUAAAGAAGACUGAAACUGUCCUCCAAGCCUGUAGGCAGGAGCUAACUCUGCGCCUCCAGCAGAUCCAGAGCUUGCGUUCUCUCCGGAACAUUUCAGCCAGGAAGAAUUCCCUGCCUGAAGAACUGCAGAAUCCUAAACGAGGCAAACCAGACCUCACAUAGCUCCAGCCAGAAACACGUCCAGGAUGCCCUGCGACCUUGUCUUGGGCUCAUGUUCAGGACGGUGACCCUGAUCGUUUUGACCACCCACCUACUACUCUGCACCCUCUGGAAAUGUUCUCUGGGACAGGCUGACAGCUGGUUUAGGCCCCCUUGAGAAAAGUGUUUCCUCAUGUCAACAGCUGCCUUUCCACCGAUUUUGAAUCAUAGCUACAUUGACACUAGCCCAUGCCCUGUAAUUAAUUACAUGUUCUUAUGCUCUCUGUUUAAAAGAAAUUGUCAUAUUUUGGACUCACUAUCCUUGUUCAAAAGAUGGAACUGCAGAAUUUUAAACACAAAUAAUGGUAGAGAAAGUUGACAUAACCAAGUGCUGAUUAUGGCCACAGACUUCUUUCUCAAGUUAAUGAAUUUUUUUGUUUGUUCGUUUUAAGGCACAUAAUAAGUUUGCUGACCAUAGGGACAUGCAGAGAGUAUAAUUCACCAUUUUUAAUAUCUAAUUCAAUAUUGUGAAAUUAUAUAUUACGACUGUGAAACUCUUUUCAGUUUUCUAAUAUGUUCUAUCAGCGGGGGGCAAAAAAGGUCAUUAAAUCUGUUUCCAUGUGAUAUGACUGAGUAUACGGCAAAGCACUUCUGGUUUAUACACCUCCUGUUUCUGUACAAACUGGUUCUUCAGGUUUUGUAAUCGACAGUAUGGUCUCCUUGCAGGGGAAAGGUGAUUUGUUAUCAUUGGCUUAUUUGACUUUUUUUUUUUUUAAAGCGUGCUUAGAGGAAAAUAGAAUGCUAUUAAGAAAUACAUCGGCUAAUUAUUAGGUAAAGAAGUAUAACUAAAUGGAGGGAGAGUACAGAAAACAAACAGAACGAAAGAACUGUUUCCUUCUCUGUUCUUCAAGGAAGGCUCAGAUCUAAUCUGUCUCCUUUUACUAAUGCCUUACCACUGGUUGUCACUUUAUUAACCCCAACAUUUCCUUUUUUAACAGCAUAUUUUGUAUUGCCUCUUUAAUUAGCCCUAAAUGAAAACCUUAGUUUAUAACCUACCUACAAACAUACUUUCAAAAACAUUGACAUAAUACCCGAAUGUAAUAUUACAGAAGAAGCUAAAGGGAAAAUACUUUAUAAUAAAAUGACAUUGUAUCUCAGCAUCUCACUGUCUGAGCCUGACUCUACCAGAAGGCACAAUGAAGUUGUCUGAUGCUUGUAUGCAUACACUGAAUUACUUUGAACUUGACCGAUGGAGAUUGGCAUGGGGGAGCAUAGUGAUUGUCAGCUCAGAUACCACAAGCAGCACUGCCCUUGGUGAUGGGAUUUUCAAAAACGGUUAAAUUCUGGACAAAAUAACUUAUCUUCCCUUGAUUUACAAGGUAGCUGCAUUUCUAGAAAAUCCAAGGUACAUUGAAACUGGGAAAAAAAAAUACUUUGUGUUGAUAUACAGAACAGAAUUGCAUUUCAGGCCAAGAUAAGUUUGAACAGGUUUUUUCGUCUACCUGAAUGUCCAGCAUGAAAUUCAGAAGUCUCAUGGGAUAUGGGACCCUUCAUUGCAUGAGACUGGCCUGGACACUGCAGGAAAAAGCCAUCCCAACCCUGCCCGCUCAGUGCCAGCCGCAACCUCCAGUCUUUGAGGUGACGAAGAAAAGCAUUCCCCCACCCCCAUGUUUUCAAAAUGCACCUAGAGGGACAGUUAUGUUCUGCCAGGGACUUGGGGCAGUUUGCCAUCAGCAGUGUGUGCCAGCCUUUAUCACCUUGGAGCCUCCCCAAACCAAGAGAGUGAUGCAGGGCAGAUCUUGCCACCGCUCAUCUUACUCAAGCGGGAAGUUUAGAAGCCAGGAUUCAAAGACAGGGCUGCUUCUAAUUCUGUUCCGAAUGUUCUCUUAAUUCCACUUUCCCACUCUAUUCUGCACCCUGGUUCCUGGUUUUGUGGUACCAGUGGAGUUGGAGUCCACACCAACUGGAAAAUGCGAAAUGUAUCUACAGUGUAAUUGUCAAAAGACUUCUAACCACAGUCGUGCUGGUGGGAUGAAAUGAUAAAUGCGCCUCAGUGAACACUGUGGUCAGCAUAGUAGAGGAGCCCUGGAUUCCGGAAGUAUCAAAUGGUAUCUUUAUUCACCAGUUAUACUGACAACCUCCUUCUUUGCCCCACUGAAUUAAAGAUAUUUUCUUGAACUGUU